AUGCAGUCUGUACUGAGAUAUUUAGACCUGACCUCUGUAGCUCUGGCUGUAUUGGUCGGUCUGGUCUCACUGGUUGUACUGGAGAUCUUCAGGUUGAGAUCCUUAAGAUGCCGGUUUCCUCCUGGACCUAAACCGCUGCCGUUUGUCGGAACUACGUUUCUGUUCCUGAAAGAUCCCAUAGGCUUCAACAAAUCGCUGGUGCGGUAUGGUGAUCUGUGCUCCGUGUUUAUUGGAAGGAUGCCCACAGUGUUGCUGAAUAAUCCAGAUGUGAUGAAGGAAGCUCUGGUUCAGAAUGGAACUGCGUUUUCCGGAAGGCCGUCCAUGCCCACAAUGGAGUGGAUCACCAGCGGGUACGGUAUUUUGUUGGUCACGUACGGUCACGCGUGGAAGCAGCAGCGACGUUUUGCUCUCCACACGCUGCGUAACUUUGGUCUGGGGAAGAAAUCCGUGGAGGAACGAGUGUCUGAGGAAGCACAAUGUCUCAUCAAAGAGAUACUGAAACAAGAAGGAAAGGCCUUCGAUCCGAUCCACCUGACCAUGAACGCCGUGUCCAAUAUCAUCUGCUCCAUCGUGUUUGGAGAUCGCUUUGAGUACGACGACCGGCGCUUCGCUAAACUGCUGAAAAUCCUGAAUGAAAACAUGGUGCUUUCUAGCUCACUGCUUGCAAUGAUGGUCCACUUUUUUCCCUUCACAAUGCACCUCCCUGGUCCACAUCAGAAGAUCUAUCAGAAUGCCAACGCUUUAAAAGACUUCAUCCGAGAGGCCAUGGUGGAGCACAGAAAGACGCUGGAUCCUGAAAAUCACCGGGACUUCAUUGAUGCCUACCUCAUGGAGAUAAGCAAGAACAGCUCAAGCGAAGACUCGACGUUUCACGAGGAGAACCUGGUCAUGUCCACCUCUGAUCUCUUCCUCGCUGGAACUGAGACCACAUCGACCACGCUCAGAUGGGGCUUCAUUUUUAUGAUGAACCAUCCAGAUGUUCAAGAGCGCUGCCAUGAGGAGAUCGUUCGUGUGUUGGGUUACGAUCGAGCCCCUAGCAUGGACGACCGAGCAAAACUCCCGUACACACUCGCCACCGUUCAUGAGAUCCAGCGCUUCGGGAACAUUCUCCCACUCGGCGUGGUUCACUCAACCACGCAGACAACACAGCUACGAGGAUACACCAUCCCUAAGGAAACGCCGAUCAUGACCAAUUUAACAGCCAUAAUGAUGGAUAAAGAUCACUGGAAACAUCCGGACACGUUCAACCCCGAGAACUUUCUGGAUGAGAACGGCCAGUUCUGCAAAGACGAAUUCUUCCUUCCUUUCUCUCUGGGUCCGAGGGUUUGUCUCGGUGAGUCUCUUGCCAGGACGGAGCUCUUCAUCUUCUUCACCUCUCUACUGCAGAGGCUUCAGUUCUCCUGGCCCCCCAAUACACCACCUGUUGAUCUGGAUGGCAUUGUGGGUACGGUGAAAAUGCCCCAUCCGUUCAAAAUGAUCUGCAGGAGUAGACAAUCCUUCUAACUAUUGAUUUCAGGUGUUUCUGCCACACCUGACUUCCCAUCCCCCCCACUAUACCACUAAGGUGUGUCGCCUGAGUCCUGGCACUGUUUUUGCUUGGAUUGUUUUGUGGUAAACUGUUUUAUGUAUUUGGUGUCUCUUUUUGUGGUGAUUUGCUUUACACUUAAGAUGGUAGCUGCACUGUUCUGGUUACCAGACCACCAUAGUCGUAUUAAUCUCUUUUAUUUCUUUAUUCCUGUCUGAAUUUUACUGCGCUUCUAAUCUUCAGCACUAUUCAUCAUUGGUUGUAAAUUUGUUUUUAAAGAAAGUUAUGCUGUUUCUUAUUGUUCUAGAGCAAUUCUUUUAAAAGUAUUGUGUAUUGUUAUAUAAUAAAUUUGUAAUAAACUAUUUGUACAUCAA